AUGUCUCUCGAUUCCUCCCCAAAGCUUUCUGCCUCCCUGGCCUUUCUGGCCCUCUUCCUCUCCCUGGUAGUCUACUACGCCAGACAAUACUAUCGCCUCUCUCACAUCCCAGGGCCCUUCCUAGCUCGUUUCUCUAACAUCCCCCGUUUCUUAUGGGUCUAUCACCGCGACGCUCACAACGUGCACAUCGCUCAGCACAGUCAGUAUGCCACACCAGGUUCAAAGUGGGCGCCUCUCGUGCGAUAUGGGCCCAACGCGGUGUCAGUAGGCUCGGCGGCGGCCGUCGAGACCAUCUACCGCAUCCGAGGGGACCCGCUGCUGAAGUCGAACUUCUAUAGCGUGAUACCGCCGAUGCGCAAGGGCACGAUCCUACCUACCAUCUUCGCCACCCAGGAUGAGAUGCUGCAUCGCAUGCUCAAGCGGCCUAUCGCCGCCGUCUACUCCAUGAGCAACCUCGUAUCUUUCGAGCCCCUCGUCGACCGCACCAUCGACGUGUUCCGCCAGGAGCUCGACCGCCGGUUCGUGCUCCAGGGGAAUGCGUGCGACCUCGAUGCUUGGUUGCAGUACUUUGCGUUCGACGUAGUGGGCGAGAUCACUUUCUCCAAGCGGCUAGGCUUUCUGGAGGAGGGCCGGGACGUGGAGGGCAUCAUGGCCAGCAUCUGGCAUUGGUUUGAAUAUGUUGCUAUUGUCGGUCAAAUGCCCUGGCUGGACUCGUUGUGGGUCAAAAAUAAGAUUGUAUCUCGCCUCAGGCCGACGAGGUGGUCUCCCAUGGUCCAGUUUGCCAACAAACGGGAAGAAGAGAGACGUGCCUUGACCGGGUCGGAAAAGGCAGUCAGCCAAGCCAAUAACCGGGACUUCCUGUCACGCUUCCUGGCCGCAUUGGAGAAAGACCCGGCUCUGCGCGCAUGGACAUCCUCCAACAUCAUUGCAGGCAGUGACACCACGGCCAUUUUCCUGAGGACCAUGUUCCACCAGCUGCUCACGCACCCGGAAAGCCUCGCCCGGCUGCGGGCAGAGCUCGACUCGGCAGCCGCCCGCGGUGCCCUCUCCGAGACGACCACCUGGAGGGAGAGCCAAGCCCUGCCCUACCUGAGCGCCUGCUUCAAAGAAGCUGGGCGCGUGCACCCGCCUUUCGGCCUGCACCUGGAGCGCGUGGUACCCGCGGGUGGUCUGGAUGUCUGCGGUACGGCGCUCCCAGCGGGGACCAUCGUGGGCAUGAACGCGUGGGUCGUCCACCGAGACCCGGAAAUAUUCGGCCCGGACGCUGAUGCGUGGAGACCUGAGCGAUGGCUCGAAGGAGACGAGGCGCGCAUCAAGAAGAUGGACGCCGCACUCAUGACGUUCGGUGCUGGCCACAGAGUCUGUCUAGGAAAGCACAUCUCAUAUCUGGAGAUAUAUAAGCUUGUGCCCACGUUACUCCAGGCAUACGACAUUGAGCUCGUUGACGGGGGGAAAGCCUGGACUGUGCAGAACAGAUGGUUUGUACCACAGUCCGGUCUGAAUGUUCGGCUGCGCAAGAGGGAAUCAACAGUCAAGACUCUUUAA